AUGUUGUCAUUCAUUCUCAAAGCAUCCGUUGCGAUGGUUGUCUGUCUCCUCUUCAGCACUUCUGCAGCCUUCCCGCUCCUCCACCGUGAUGUCCAGUGGUCCUUCGAUCUAUAUCCUACAACAUACUGCAAUGGCACCGCCGACCCACAUGCUGGCAGCGGCAGCACAGGAUGCCGCGCCGACCUCGACAGCGUUGCCUCGUCCUACACCCUCAACACGGUGGAUGAAGGCUGUCGCAUCGAAUUCUUUGACAAUACCAUGUGCGACGGCAACGAGAUUUCCGAUGUUGCCGGGCCCUUGACCUCCACCGAUACGUGCCGUGUGCCCAAUCUGAAGCGACGCUUCGGCUCCUACCAAGUGACCUGCGAAUGA